AUGCACCGACCCGACGAGGACAAAACGGCAUUCAUAACGCCAGGAGGGAUCUAUUAUUACAAGGUAAUGCCAUUUGAUCUGAAAAAUACUGGCGCCACAUACCAGAGACUGAUGAAUAAGAUAUUCAAUGAGCUCAUAGGCAAGACAGUAGAAGUCUACGUGGACGACAUCCUCGCGAAAACCGCACGGCCCGACGAUCUCCUAAGCGACUUGGGGAGCGUGUUCGCCUCCCUCCGACAACACGGCAUGAGGCUCAACCCGCUCAAAUGCGCCUUCGCCAUGGAGGCCGGGAAGUUCCUGAGAUUCAUGAUCACCCAAAGAGGAGUAGAGGCCAAUCCUGAAAAAUGCCAAGCGAUCCUCCAGAUGAGGAGCCCGGGUUUUAUCAAAGACGUCCAACGGUUGGCAAGAAGACUGACGGCGUUAUCCCGCUUCCUAGGCGCAUCGGCAGCAAAAGCCCUACCCUUCUUCAAUCUGAUGAAAAAGGGGAUAGCGUUCGAAUGGACGCCAGCGUGUGAGGAAGCGUUCAAUCACUUCAAGGAGAUCCUAGCAACGCCUCCGGUGCUCGGAAAGCCUAAGGCCGGAGAGCCACUCUACCUCUACCUAGCAGUAACAGAGGAAGCACUUGCAGCAGUGCUCGUAAGAGAAGAAGGAAAAGCUCAGCAACCAGUUUACUUUGUAAGCAAGGCUCUACAAGGAGCAGAGUUGAGGUACAGCAAACUGGAAAAACUGGCGCUGACACUCCUAACCUCCUCCCGAAGGUUGAGGCAAUACUUCCAGGGUCACCGUAUAGUCAUAAGGACAGAUCAAGCAAUUCGCCAAGUACUCCAAAAAUCUGAUUUGGCCGGCAGGAUGAUGACCUGGGCCAUCGAGCUCUCCCAAUACGACUUGCAGUACGAGCCCCGGCAUGCGAUUAAGGCACAGGCAAUGGCAGAUUUCUUGGUAGAGGUGACCGGUGAUCCCCCCGAGGAAGCGGGCACACGGUGGAGGCUCCACGUAGAUGGGGCCUCCAACCAGACGUCCGGGGGAGCCGGGGUCAUUUUAGAAAGCCCGGCGGGGGUCAUUUACGAGCAAUCGACCAAGUUCGAGUUCCCUGUGUUGAACAAUCAAGCGGAAUACGAAGCCCUCUUAGGUGGACUAACGUUAGCUCGUGAGGUCAGAGCAGCAAGGCUGGAGGUAUGCAGCGACUCACAAGUUGUCACCUUACAAGUAAACGGAAGCUAUCAAGCCAGGGACCCCCUUCUACAAAAAUAUUUGGAAAAGGUGAGAGAAUUGACAAGAAAGUUCCAAGAGGUCACGGUCCAACACGUUCCAAGAGAAAGGAACACACGGGCCGAUCUCCUGUCCAAACUAGCAAGCACGAAGCCAGGAGCGGGUAACCGGUCUCUCAUCCAGGGCAUGGUAAAAGAACUAACCGUCGCCCUCCAUUUGACGAAGUCAAGCCCCUCCUGGCUGGACCCCAUCACGGACUUCCUGGAACUUGGCAAGUUACCUGACGAUGAGAAGGCGGCCAAAACAUUGAGAAGGGAGGCAGCCAGAUACGCAAUCAUACAAGGGCAACUGUUCAGAAAGGGGCUUAGCCAACCCCUGUUGAAGUGCUUACAUCCCGACCAGACGGACUAUGUACUUAGAAAAGUCCACGAGGGAUGCUGCGGCCACCACAUUGGGGGCAAGUCCCUAGCGAGGAAGCUCAUCCGAGCUGGAUAUUACUGGCCAUCGAUGAUGAAAGACUCCAGGGAAUUUGUUAGAAAAUGCGUAAAGUGUCAACAAAAUGCCAACUUCCACAAGGCCCCAGCUUCUGAGCUAAGCCUGCUGACAUCUACACGACCUUUCGCCCAAUGGGGAGUUGACAUUUUAGGACCUUUCCCGCCAAGUAGGUAUAUUUACAACGUUCGAAGGCAACAGAAUAUGCCUUUGCAUGAAAGGAUCAUACCCUAUUUGGAGAGGGCUGGUUUGUACCACUUGGCUAGGAUGAACACGCGUUGGUUCUGGUUGGAUGAGCCCCUGGAUGUGACAUAUCAGCUGGGGUUGCCCGUCGAUGGGAAGGCUGUAUCUGGGUGCCUCACAAACUUUGACCAGUUGAUAGAUGAUGGCAGACUGGCUUGGGAGUAG